AUGCCGACUUCAAACUCUGCUUUAUUAACUUCCCAAUCUUCUCUUACCACUACAACUAACGAUAUUCAAAAUAAAUUAAACACUGUUAAUCCUCUUUCUUCUGAUCCUUCAAAGCUCAGUUCGUCUCUUGGUUUAAACCAUAAAGACAAUUUAUUAAAUACAUCUCCAUCUGUUCAUGAAAUUCCUAGUCUUACCCCUCCUUUAACUCCUCCUCAUACUUAUAUGAACUCUACUACAAAAUCUUUAAAUAAUUAUUUUGAUGACACUUUGCUUUCUUCUAAUGUUCAUUCAAAUUCUUUGUUAAAUUCUAAAGUCCAUAUAAAUUCUUCAACUAUUAAUUCAAAUUUGACAACUCCCAUAAACUCUUCUUUAUCUAAUGAUUUGAAAAAUAAUGAUAAAGAAGAAAUAUGUAUAUUCACUCAAGUAUCUACUACAAUAGCAUCAGUUCAAAGUUCACCUUCUUCUUCUACUACAGUAGUUUCAUUUCAAAAUUCUCCUCCAUUAAAAUCUUUUAAAAGAAUUCCUUCUUUCUCUUCUUUUUCUCCAAUUCCAUCUAUUAAAUUUCCUUUUUCUUCCGAUCAAAAUAUUUCUAAUUCUUCUCAUUUGGAAAUUGAUACAUAUUCUGAAUCAUCUAAUAGUUCUCAAUUAAAAAAUCAAAAUUCUAAUCCAUUAAAUUCUAUGUUAUUUGAUGGAAUUUUGGUUACUGAUUAUGCUUCGGAAAAUCCUAAACGUAAUAAAGAAUUUCACUGUAUAUUUAAGAGUAUUCCAGAUGACGAAUAUCUUUUAAAUGGUAAAUAA